AUGGCCCCCGGUGCUCUUCUGGAGCAGCCCCAGGCGGCUACCUUCCCGUCCAAGAACCUGGAUGCGCCCCGAUCCAUCUUCCCGGACGGCAUCCGCACAUCUGGCCAGCACCCGCCGCUGUACGAUGCCCUCCGACCGUACGAGGAUUUCCCCAAGGUGAUUGAGGGGGAGACGGUGUGGUCAAAGGAGGAUUUCGAGAAGGACCCGUCCCUCUGGACGCACAGGUUCACAGAGGAGGAGGUGACCGAGCUGGGACUUGCAGCCGAUCGGUUCCUGGCCAGCGGACGUCCCCUUACUGGUAUCUCCAAGGAAAACUUCCAGCUCGACAAGCUAGGCAAGGUGCUCACGGAGCUGCGGGAGACCAUCAUCAACGGCCGAGGCUUCAUCCUCUUCAAGGGCUUCCCCACGGACGAAUGGGGCGUCCAAAAGUCGGCGGUGGGCUACAUGGGACUGGGGACGUACCUGGGUUACUUCCUCUCCCAGAACGGCCGGGGCCACGUCCUCGGUCACGUCAAGGACGUGGGUGACGACGCGACGCAGAUCCACAAGGUGCGCAUCUACCGCACAACGGCGCGGCAGUUCUUCCACAGCGACGACGGCGACAUCGUCGGGCUGCUGUGCCUCCACCGCGCGCAGGAGGGCGGCGAGAGCGACAUCGUCAGCAGCCACAGCGUCUGGAACGCCCUGCAGCGCGAGAACCCCGACGUCGCCCGCACCCUGACCGAGCCCAUCUGGUACUUUGACCGCAAGGGAGAGGUCUCCGAGGGUCAGGAGGAGUACACCCGCCAGCCCAUCAUGUACCUCGAGAACAAGCCGGCCGACCAGAACCCCCGCGUCUACUGCAAGUGGGACCCUUACUAUGUCAAGAGCCUCACUCGCUUCUCCGACAAGGGCAUCAUCCCCCCCCUCAGCGAGAGGCAGCUGCACGCCCUCGACACCCUCGAGAUGACCUGCCGCAGGCUGGCCCUGCACAUGAUCCUCGAGGUCGGCGAUAUCCAGUUCCUCACAAACAACCACCUGCUCCACUCGAGGACGGAAUACAAGGACUACGCUCCUCCCGCUCCCCGUCGUCAUCUCCUGCGUCUGUGGCUGGCUACACCCGAGGAUGAAGGCGGUUGGGCCCUCCCUAUGCCUGAUAGCAAGGAGACGAAGAGGGGUGGUAUUCAGGUGAAUAACAACCCUCCUGUGGCACCACUGGAUGCGGAAUAA